UAUUUUAGGGGGCGUUUGGUUCGCACAAGGGAAUCGGAAUGGAAUGAGGAAAGGGAAUGAAGGAGAAAGGAAUGGAUUCCCCUAAUUUAGCCUAGUCGUUUGGUUGUGUUCAGGAAACGGAAUCAAUCCCUUUGUGACUGUUUGGUUCAAGUUGGAUUAAUUGAUUCCCUUUCAACAGAGAUUAGGAACAACCCAGAAAAGGAACAAAACAAUGGCGAAGAACUUCAAUUCACUCGAACAACAAAACGAUGUUCAUCAAUGGCGGUACAGAAAUCUAUGUAGAACAACCCAGAAAUCCAAUUCAUCCUACAAAUCCAAUUCAUCAAAAAUCAAAAACGCAACAGAAACGAAAUUACAACAAGAAUCAAAAACGCAGGCUUUCAUCAAUGGUGGUACAACACAGAUUCAACAAGAACACGAAGAAGAAUGGAGGCAGCAAAAUCGAGAUUGAGAAGAAGAGAAGAGAAGUUGAGGAAGAUGAACGAGGCGUGAACAGGUGAACGUGCCACCCCUCACUGAUGUUCACUGAGCGAAUCAGUUCGUUGUUCGCCUAUUCGCACUUCGCAAAGCCACUGCUGGCUGCUACUGCUGCUUCCGUGAACAGGUGAACGUGAAAUCAAGACCACCAGACCCAUCAACGCCGACGGCCCACCACCAAAUCAACCCACCUUCAAUUCAAGUUUUGUUUUUAUUUCAAGUUUCAAAUCUCUUUAUCUGUUCCUUGUCUCAUCGUCGUAGCCUCAACCGAGCAGCCGCCGCCAGCACCGGCCAAAUCAACCCAGCCGUCGCAGUUCAGGAAGGAUGGAGGCGCGAGGAAGGAGAAAUAUGGUGAGGAAGGAGGCGCGAGUGAGAAAGGGAAGGCAGCAGCUGUGGGGAAGGGAAUGGAAUGGGAAAGUGGAGGGGGAGGGAGGGAAUGAGGAUUACCUCAUUUUAGGUAAUCCAAAACCUUAAUAUGGGGAAAGGGAAUGAUUCUAACUGCGAACCAAACAACAUCAAAGGGAAUGGGGUAUUUCCAUUCCCUUUCCCUUUCCUUAAUACCCCCAACCAAACGCCCCCUAUUUACUAAUUUCCUAACCUACGUCAUAAUUCCAAUGAAUUACACAAUUACUAACUCAAACGAGACAUUUCAAAGCAUCAGACAUUUCUCCUCUUUCUCCCUCAAACCCUCAUUCUCAGUUCCAACCACCGCAUAUCUACAUCCUAGCUGCACUCUCUUUGCUCCCUUAACCACCGUCGCCCGCCGCAGAUGUCUUUAAGGAAACCCACACUUCCUCGUUUACUUCUCAACAAUGUUUCUUGUAUGCGAAAUGCCCAACAAAUCUUGCGUCAUGUGAAUGUCUCGAUUCAUGAUGGAGGUGCACUCGUGCUGACAGGCAGCAAUGGUUCAGGCAAAAGCACUUUUCUUCGCAUGUUAGCCGGCUUUUCCAAGCCUUCUGCUGGUGAGAUCCUUUGGAACGGUCACGAUAUUACCCAGUCGGGAGUAUUUCAUCAAUAUAAGCUUCAACUCGGAUGGGUUUCUCUUAAAGAUGCUAUCAAGGAGAAAUUUACUGUCUUGGAAAACGUGCAAUGGUUCGAAGUUCUCGAGGGAAAAGAAGGCAGAGCUCUACCAGCUUUGGAGCUAAUGGGAUUGGGAAAGUUGGCAAAGGAAAAGGCAAGAAUGUUGUCGAUGGGCCAACGAAAAAGGUUGCAGCUCGCUAGGCUACUAGCAAUCGAUAGGCCUAUUUGGUUGUUGGAUGAGCCCUCUGUUGCCUUGGAUGAUGACGGGGUGAAACUCUUGGAGCAUAUCAUUGCUGAGCAUCGGAAAAAGGGUGGAAUAGUUUUUGUAGCGACGCAUCUACCUAUUGAGAUCGACAAUGCAAUGUACUUGAGAUUACCACCUAGGUUUCCUAGACGUAUGACUCUGGUCGAUAUGCUUGAUCGUAGUGAUCACGUUAUUUAACCGUUUGAAAAGGAACAGCUUUACGUGACUCUAGAUUACAUGUGAUCGGGUUAGUUUUCAUCUGAGAUCGCGUUCAUUGACUCAUAAUCAUAGUUCGCUUUUCUUACUCUUCCAGCCUUACGAGGUUCAAAUGCAUAAGCUACCGUCAGCAAUGCCUUUGAUGGUCAUAGUUGAAGAGUUUUCGAUGUGAUGAGGCAGACUGUGCAGUCCUCCAGGCUUUGAAGUUUGUUUCGUAGCAAAAGAUUUAGACUUUAGAUGAGUUGAGUUUAUUCUGGUGCACCGUUUUUUUGAAUUAUAUGGUAGGCUGAGAGAAAGGCAAGAUUAAAUGAGAUUUGAUUAUAUGAUUUUACCUGAAAAAAAGCAGUUUUUGCUCCAACUGAUAGAAGAUUGGAUUCUCACAUUGCUAGCAAGAAGCAAUGAUUAUACUUCAUGUAAGUCGUAGUCGACCCAAUAUUUUAUCAUCGAUAUUUUUUCAGUUAUGUAGCAAUGAUUAUUGGGAUUCGUAGUAGUAUAUAUUUUCUUUGUUCCAAUAUAUUUGCAAUUGAUCGUGAUAUUUUCUCAUACAAUAUAUUACAAUUAGUUAUAAGUAUUUCAGAAUAAAUGUAAUAUGUUAGAAAACAUUAGAAGUAUUUCAGAAAAAAUGUAAUAUGUUGGGAAACAUUCUAAUGUUGUAUAUAGGUUUUAUUAUUAAUUAUUAUUUAUUGCUAUAAAAUAUCUUUAUGA